ACCAGAACCACCUUUACGACACAUGAGGUCUGGUCGAAACGCUGGACUAGUCCGCGCCACCGGAUGGAUAUGCACGUCAUGUCGAACAGGCAGUCCUCAAGCAGCGCAUCCCGCGCGAAGGGCAGCCUCAGCCAUUCGCAGCCAUUCUACAGAGUCUCCUCCCAGACGAGGGAAACUCCCAGAUCAACCUGCGCGGACACGAUUUGCUCCUUCGCCGACCGGGAACCUCCAUCUAGGUUCGAUCCGAACGGCGUUGUUCAACUACCUCCUGGCACGAGCGACAAAGGGCCAAUUCCUCCUGCGAAUCGAAGACACCGAUGCGAAGAGGACCAUACCUGGUGCGGAGGAGCGGCUGUACAAAGAUCUAACAUGGGCUGGUCUGCAGUGGGAUGAAGGGCCUGUCGUGGGCGGCCCUUACGGACCCUAUCGCCAGUCCGAACGACUCCCUUUGUAUCAACGGCAUAUCUCGAACCUGCUCAAAACCGGCCUGGCGUACCGCUGCUUCUGCUCCACGGAACGCCUCGACGACCUCAAUCGACGCCGUCAUGAGAAAGGCCUGAGUCUGGGCUAUGACCGGAAAUGCCUCCAACUACCGCCAUCCGAAGCUGAAGAAAGAGCCCACCGCGGCGACCAACAUGUCGUUCGCUUCCGCUCCCCAGACACAUGGCCACGCUACAACGACCUGGUCUACGGCAAGAGCGGACACGGUGCGGAGAAAGCGAAAAAGCUCCUGGUCGACGAGCCCGUCUACGAAGACGCCAUCCUCAUCAAGUCCGACGGGUACCCAACCUACCACUGGGCCAACGUAUGCGACGACCACCACAUGCACAUCACCCAUGUGGUCCGGGGGUCGGAAUGGAUGGCCUCGACGCCACUGCACGUCGCGUUAUACCAGUCCCUCGGCUGGACACCGCCGUUAUUCGCGCACGUCCCAUUGCUCGUCGACGAGAACAAGCAGAAACUUAGCAAGCGCAACUUUGAUUCGGACAUUGCCAGUUUCCGCAACAAGGGUAUAUUCCCGGAAACUUUGGUCAACUUCGCGGCAUUGCUAGGCUGGUCGCAUACCCAGAAGAACGACGUGCUCGAUCUCCCGCAGCUCGAGACCCUGUUUGACCUGAAAAUCACAAAGGGCAAUACCAUUGUCUCGUUCAACAAGCUGGAAUACCUGCAAAUUCGGCACGCAAGACGUCGGAUCCAAGCCAAAGGGCCCGAGUUCGAGCAGAUGGUUCGUGACCUGGCCGUCGCAGUGCUCGACAAAUAUGGCGCAAAGCGCGUCACGGACUUCUUAGGUACCCGGGAUCUCCAGGAUGUGCUAACGAUUACGCUCACCAUCGACUCGUUCAAGUACCGUUCACCGACCGAUUUCGCCGAACAGCUGUCUAUCUUCUUCGACCCCAGUGAUUUAUCCACGGCUCAUGACUCUGACCCUGGCGUUGACAUGUCCUUAAUGCACUACCUUCGUGUCGCUGCCGCGACAGUGUGUCUGGUCCCCGCGUCGUCAUGGAGCGAAGAGGUGCAUUUAUCUCAACUCAAGGCCGUGGAGAUCCCGCCAGACGAACAUGUUGAUGCGGGGGCAUGGAAAAAGGCAUUGUAUCAUUAUCUGCGAUGGGCGUUGGCGGUCGGGCACAAAGGACCCCCCGUCGCGAAGACGUUGGAGAUCCUGGGACGAGAGGCCUCGGUCCAGAGGAUCCAAGCAGCAAAUCUCAUAGCGCGCCAGAUGGAAGUGGCAAGUACAAAACCAGAAAUCGAGGCGAGUGGGUUCAAAGGCGAUGCCGCCGGGAAGAGGAGGAUUGAGAAGCAGUGGACGGGACAUAGUCUGCCAGUGUAAAAGUAAAUGCGUAUACCCCUAUUUUGCCUGCCCAUGCUCAUAUGAAGUUACGUUCCUGUCGUCUUCUGGCCGAAUGAACAAGCUCGAACAUCA